AUGUCGUGGCUCUUCGGUUCUUCCGGUAUGUCCAAUCCAUCCUUCUUCGCUAUCCACACUUCCGCCAUCUCCGAUGCCUGCGCAAUGCGCAUGGUCUACACUACUAGCCCAGAGGAGAAGAACGCUCCGGCUCCUGUCGAACCCAAGACCCAGUCCGCGCAAACCGAAAAGCCCAAGCCCUGCUGCGUUUGCAAGGACGAGAAGACCGCCCGUGACGACUGCAUGCUGUUCUCCAAGUCCGAUGACCCUCAGAAGGAGUGCCAGUCAAUGGUCGAAAAGUACAAGACCUGCAUGGCCGGCUUCGGCUUCAAGGUCUGA